GCAGAGAAUGCAGAGGAGCGUCUGGUGAACUACCUGUUGGGUCCAGAGCGCUACAAUAAACUGAUCAGACCAGCUGUCAAUAAGAGCCAGCAAGUCACCAUCUCCAUACAAGUGUCUCUGUCUCAGCUUAUCAGCGUAAAUGAGAGAGAGCAAAUAAUGACGACCAACUUAUGGCUGUUUCAGGAGUGGAAUGACUACAGGCUGAGAUGGGACCCAGAGAAGUAUGAAGGCAUCAAGAAACUACGGAUACCAUCCAAACACAUCUGGCUUCCUGAUAUAGUGCUCUACAAUAACGCUGAUGGUGUGUACGAAGUUUCCUUCUAUUGCAACGCCGUAGUCUCCAACACAGGGGACAUUUUUUGGCUCCCCCCAGCAAUCUACAAGUCGGCCUGCGCCAUCGAGGUGCAGAACUUCCCCUUUGACCAGCAGAACUGCACUCUCAAGUUCCGCUCCUGGACCUACGACCACACAGAGGUGGACCUGAUCCUCACCAGCGACUUCGCCAGUCGUGAUGACUUCACGCCUAGCGGAGAGUGGGACAUCGUGUCGCUCCCGGCACGCAAAAAUGAGGACCCCAACGACAUCACCUACCUGGAUAUCACCUACGAUUUUGUUAUCCAGAGGAAGCCGCUUUUUUAUACCAUUAACCUGAUCAUCCCGUGUGUGCUGAUCACAUCGCUGGCUAUCCUGGUUUUCUACCUGCCGUCGGACUGUGGGGAGAAGAUGACGCUGUGUAUAUCGGUGCUGCUGGCCCUCACUGUGUUCCUGCUGCUGAUAUCAAAGAUAGUGCCACCCACCUCUCUGGCAGUGCCACUCAUCGGUAAAUACCUGAUGUUCACCAUGGUGCUGGUCACUUUCUCCAUUGUAAGCACCGUCUGCGUCCUCAACGUGCACCAUCGCUCCCCGUCCACCCACCACAUGCCCGACUGGGUCAAACGUCUCUUCUUAGUCCGACUGCCCACGUUCCUCCUCAUGAGGCGCCCGGGCUCUUCCAACGUCCGCGAUAAACUCCGCCGGAAGUACGCCAACCGGGGUACCAUGGGGAAAACCAACUCCCAGAGCUGCACAGAGAGGAAGCAGUACUCUAACAUCAGGCUCGGCGGGAUCCGAACAGACAGCGACGCUAUCUACGUGAACGAGGACUUGGCCCACAAGUUUUGCUGGAAGGUGGGCGACAUCCCAGAUGGGGGUGGUGGAUUUUCGGACUUCCGGAGGCCUUUGGCUGCUCAAGGGGAUGCGGAGCUGGAGGAAGCAGUGGAUGGAGUGAGAUACAUCGCUGAACACAUGAAGACAGAAGACGAUGAUGAAGGGAUCAUAGAGGACUGGAAGUACGUGGCCAUGGUGAUAGACCGUCUGUUCCUGUGGAUCUUCAUCCUGGUGUGUGUGGUGGGAACACUGGGGCUCUUCAUGCAGCCGCUCUUCCAGAGCUAUAACACCCCCACUGCUGAUGACACUGAGUGA